AUGGCAAUUCUCUGCGAUAUAAAUCAUUUCAAACGAUUUCUUAGAACAAGAUUGAUCGCGAAGCACAUGGCUUUUACUAGUUCGAGAUCAGUGAGAUUUCAGGAUGAUGUUGAGUUGGCGCAGUCCACAAUAUGCAGUUCAUGUUAUCCAACCAAACCCAAGAAACGAGCUGAAAGGAGAUAUAAAUGCUGUUCAGGAUCAAAAAUAUUUCCGGAGAUGCCCAGCAAAUGCUUCAAAGAGAAAGUGUUAUCUCGAGUGUUCUCAGAGGAGUACGAUUCUUUGGUGAACAUCGACAAGAAGUCCUUCGACCCUCAUGGCCAUCCGAUUCACCGUUGGAAUAAAGUUUUUCUAAUAGCCAGCUUAGUCUCUCUCUUUGUGGAUCCUCUGUUCUUCUUCUUGCCUGGGAUUCAAAAAAUGAAUUGUAUUGAGAUCAACACUGCGCUUAUGAUAGCUCUCACUGUAGUACGGUCAAUUGCAGAUGUUUUCUAUGCACUCCAGAUAUAUGUUCGUUUUCGAACAGCAUUUGUUGCUCCAUCCUCUCGCGUAUUUGGGAGAGGUGAGCUUGUUAUUGAUCCAUCAAAGAUUGCUAGAAGGUACUUAUCCAAGAGCUUUUGGCUUGAUCUAAUUGCUGCAUUGCCUCUGCCACAGUUUCUAAUAUGGAUUGUAGUUCCUAACCUAAAAGGAUCGACAAUGACCAGCUAUAAGAACCUUAUUCGCUUUGGCGUCAUCUCCCAAUACCUCCCAAGGCUCUUUCUGAUCUUCCCACUAACGCAGCAAAUCAUAAUGACUACUGGGGUCAUGACAGAAACUGCAUGGGCAGGAGCUGCAUACAACCUCAUCCUAUACAUGCUUGCAAGCCAUGUACUAGGAGCAGUAUGGUAUCUCCUAUCAAUCGAGCGUCAGGAAGAGUGCUGGCGAGAGGCAUGCCGUCUUCAUAGCCCCUCCUGCCAAUAUUGGUACUUCGACUGUGAAAGAAUUGACAGUUCAAGGAAUAUUUGGUACCGAUCAAGCAACCUACCAAAUUUAUGCAACCCAAGUAGUGACUUCUACCAGUUUGGGAUUUACAAGGAGGCGUUGAACUUUAAUGUAACAUCAUCUCCAUUCCUCCAAAAGUACUUCUACUGCUUUUGGUGGGGAUUGAAGAACUUGAGUUGUUUGGGUCAGAAUCUGUCAACAAGUAUUGACAUAGGAGAAAUAAGCUUCGCAAUAAUCAUUGCAAUUCUUGGAUUGGUGCUGUUUGGCUUGCUGAUUGGAAACAUGCAAUCUUAUCUCCAAUCAACAAUAGUCCGGCUAGAAGAAUGGAGGAUAAAGAGGACAGACAUGGAGCAGUGGAUGCAUCAUAGGCAGCUCCCACUGGAGCUGAAGCAAUGUGUGAGAAGGUAUUAUCAGUACAAAUGGGUCGCCACACAAGGGGUCGACGAAGAAGCCCUACUCAAAUGCCUACCCUUGGACCUCAGAAGAGAUAUCAAGCGCCAUCUAUGCCUUGAUCUAGUCCGAAGUGUGCCGCUGUUCGACGAGAUGGACGAGCAGACGCUAGAGGCGAUCUGCGAGCGGCUGCGGCCGGCGCUGUACACGAAGGGCACGUGCGUGGUGCGGGAGCUGGACCCGGUGGGGGAGACCCUGUUCAUCAUCCGCGGACACCUCGACUCGUGCACCACCCAGGGCGGCCGCAGCGGCUUCUUCAACUCGUGCCUCCUCGGCCCCGGCGAGUUCUGCGGCGAGGAGCUCCUCCCCUGGGCCCUCGACCCCCGCCCCAAUUCCCCCUCCCCCUCCCCCUCCCCCUCCGCCUCCGCCCCUGCCGCCGCCGCCGCCGCCGCCGCCGCCGUUGCGGGGCGAGGGCGGCGCGCGCGGAGGGGGCUGCCGACGUCGACGCGGACGGUGCGCGCGGUGUCGGACGUGGAGGCGUUCGCGCUCGCGGCGGAGGACCUGAAGGAGGUGGCGGCGCAGUUCCGGAGGCUGCACAGCAGGGAGAUGCGGCACAAGCUCAGGUUCUACUCGCACCAGUGGCGGGCGUGGGCGGCGUGCUUCAUACAGGCGGCGUGGCGGCGAAGGGGGCGGCGGAGGGCGUCCAUGGAGAUUAGGGUUUCGUCGUCGGAGGAGGAGAUGGAGAUGCGGAGGAGAAGGAGAGGGAGAAUGGGGCCGAUGGAGGAGAAGGCGCCGAAGAAGCCCUCGGAGCCCGAUCUCUCUCCAGAAGAAGACGAGUGA